UCCUCCUCUUCAUCCUCCUCCUCCUCCUGUGCUGGAAGGCCGGGCUGUGCGGCACGGAGCGGUGUGAGGAGCCCCCAGAUCCCGGGAAAGGGGGGGACACCACAGCAUCCCCCAGACAGGUUCGGCGGGCGACCCGGUUGAUGGACCCAGCAGAAGCCAAAUGGAAGAAGGGCCAAUUAAUUAUGUGGAAGAAAGGCGGCUGAAGGAGGGCAGCGGGCUCAGCCUGGCCAAUGGGGCCCGGCCGGAGCCGGGGGCCCCGGCGCUGAUGGAGCCGAGCGCCUGGUCCCCGGGCCAGCUGCCUGCCACGGGGAAAGCCCACUUGGAAGACGUCAGGAACCUGGUGGCCUUUUCGGCUGUGGCUGAAGCCGUUUCCUCCUACCGCCUGCCGGCCCCGGCGUCACCAUCGCUGCUCUAUGAGAAGUUUGACUCGGAGAUGAGCCGGGGUGGGCUGAGCACCGCGGAUGGGCUCCCACGAGGGGAGGACCUGCACGCCCUGAAGGCUGCCUUGGCUUUGGCUAAACACGGUGUGAAGCCCCCCAACUGCAACUGCGACGGCCCCGAGUGCCCCGACUACCUGGAAUGGCUGGAGCAGAAGAUCAAGAUGGCCCUCGGCGAAGAGCCGGCCUCGCCGCGGCCUCGCCUCACCGCCAACCCCCUGCCACCCCCCCAGGAAGGUGCUAUUGACCCCCAGCCGGUGCCUGAGCCCGCCGAGCCGUGCCCGCCCGACGGCCUCCCCUUCUCUCAGAGCGCUUUGACCAUCGCCAAGGAGAAGAACAUCAGCCUGCAGACAGCCAUAGCCAUCGAAGCCCUCACGCAGCUCUCGGCCGCUCUCCCCCAGCCCGCCGGUGAUGGCCAGCCCCCCCCGCCGCCACCACCACCACCCCCCGCUGCCCCCUUCGGCCCCAUUGCCCCAUCGGGGGCCGUGUGGCAGCGAGGGGAUGAGCCCCGUUAUCCACCGGAGCCCGAAGCGGCGCCGGAGCCGUUCUUUGGUGCAGCACCGCCCCGGGGGGGCUUUGCAGCAACGUGGGGGCUGGAAGCCGAGGGGGCAGCCGGGGCUGGAGACCCCAUGGCAGAGCUGGAGCAGCUACUGGGGAACGCUGAUGACUACAUCAAGGCAGCUUUCAAGAGACCUGAAGCAAUAGCCAGCAAAGCGACGGCACCUAAACCUGAGCCCCCCGAACGAGCACCCGCUAAAGAAGUGCCACCGAGUGGCCCCCGUUUGCCACCGGCACCCCCAGAGCCCGACCUGCACAAGAAGACGCAGCUGGUCCUGCAGCAACAUCUCCAUCACAAGCGCAGCCUCUUCCUUGAGCAAAGCCUGGCAGCGGCCACGGCGGCAGCGCCGGAUCGGCCGAGCGGCUGGUGGGCUCCCGGCGCCCCAUCCGUGCCCCCCAAGCCCUUCGAGAAGCAGCCCAAAGAGAAGAAGAAGAAAACACCACCCGAGAAGCCCCCCCCGGCCAAACCGCUCCGUAAGCAAGUGCAGAUCAAGAAGGCAAAGCAGAAGGACUCACAGCCGCUCUUCCUGCCCCUCUGGCAGAUCAGCCUGGAGGGGUUCCGGGCGCCCGCCGAACCCCCUGCCGAAGAGAUGCAAACUGAACCGCAGCCUCUUGCACUACCCCUGCCCGCCGCUUGCCCCCCACCACCAGCCCCCCUGGAUGGCUGCCCCCCGGCUCCCGACUCUCAGGAAAGGGGUGCCCCCGGGGGGGGCCCCCAAAUUCACCCUAAUGGUUCAACCGGCUCUGAGGAGGCCCCGGCCCCGGCCCCCAUCCUGGUGGAUGACAAGCUGGAAGAGCUCAUCCGGCAAUUUGAAGCUGAAUUUGGGGAGAACUUCAACCUGCCGCCCCCCGAAACGCCCGCCACGCUCACCACCGCGGCUGCAGAGGUGCCGGGGGGGUCAGUGCCAGCCCUACAAGUGCCCCCCAACGCCACCACCGCCGUUUCAAGCAGCACUCCCCAAGCCGGACCCAAAAGCUUUUCGUUGUCACCGGGGAAGGGUCCCCUUUCGGAGCCCCCUUUCACCGCCCGGUCCCCCAAACAGAUCAAAAUCGAAUCUUCUGGUGCUAUCACCGUGGUGUCCACCACGUGCUUUUACUCCGAGGAAAGCCAAAACCCGGACGUGGAUGACACCGACGGGACCCCCACCAAGGACGAGGUGCCGCUGACACCGACCCUAAGUGGCUUUUUGGAGUCGCCGCUCAAGUACCUGGACACGCCGACCAAAAGCCUCCUGGACACGCCAGCCAAGAGGGCACAAGCGGAAUUCCCAACCUGUGACUGUGUUGAGCAAAUUGUGGAGAAGGACGAGGGGCCCUAUUACACCCACCUGGGCUCAGGGCCCACUGUGGCAUCCAUCAGGGAGCUCAUGGAGGAACGGUAUGGAGAGAAGGGCAAGGCCAUCCGCAUCGAGAAGGUCAUCUACACGGGGAAGGAGGGGAAGAGCUCCCGGGGCUGCCCCAUCGCCAAGUGGGUGAUCCGAAGACACAACCAAGAGGAGAAGCUGCUGUGCCUGGUGCGGCACCGGGCCGGCCACCACUGCCAGAACGCCGUCAUCAUCAUCCUGAUCCUGGCCUGGGAGGGCAUUCCCCGCACACUGGGGGACACCCUAUACCAGGAGCUCACCGACACCCUCACCAAGUAUGGGAACCCCACCAGCCGCCGCUGCGGCUUGAACGACGACCGGACCUGUGCAUGCCAAGGCAAAGACCCCAACACCUGUGGUGCUUCCUUCUCCUUUGGCUGCUCGUGGAGCAUGUAUUUCAAUGGAUGCAAAUAUGCCCGGAGCAAAACUCCUCGCAAGUUCAGGCUGGUGGGAGAUAAUCCCAAAGAGGAAGAGUUGCUCCGGAAAAGCUUUCAGGACUUGGCCACCGAGGUUGCUCCACUUUACAAGAGGCUGGCACCACAAGCCUACCAAAACCAGGUUACCAACGAGGAUGUAGCGAUUGACUGCCGGCUGGGCUUGAAGGAGGGGAGGCCGUUCUCGGGGGUGACAGCCUGCAUGGACUUCUGUGCUCAUGCUCACAAAGAUCAGCAUAACCUCUACAAUGGCUGCACAGUGGUCUGCACGCUGACAAAGGAAGACAAUCGCGUGGUGGGGAAGAUCCCUGAAGAUGAGCAGCUGCACGUCCUCCCCCUCUACAAGAUGUCCAGCACGGAUGAGUUUGGCAGCGAGGAGAACCAAAACGCUAAGGUGGGCAGCGGGGCCAUCCAGGUGCUCACAUCCUUCCCCCGUGAGGUCCGCAAGCUGCCCGAGCCUGCCAAGUCCUGCCGGCAGAGGCAGCUGGAGGCCAGGAAAGCUGCUGCAGAGAAGAAGAAGCUGCAGAAGGAGAAGCUGAUGACACCGGAGAAGAUCAAGCAAGAGGCACUCGAGCUGCCCACGCUCCAGCAGAACGCAGGUAUGGCCUUGAAAAACGGGCUGCCCCCCCAGCCACUGAAACCUUCCAUCAAAGUGGAGCCACCGACCCACUACAACGCCUUCAAGUACAACGGCAACGCGGUGGUGGAGAGCUACUCGGUGCUGGGGAGCUGCCGGCCCUCUGACCCGUACAGCAUGAACAGUGUUUACUCUUACCAUUCCUACUAUGCACAGCCCAAUCUGCCUUCCGUGAACGGGUUUCACUCCAAGUUCGCGCUUCCCUCCUUUGGGUAUUACGGCUUUUCCAGCAACCACGUCUUCCCCUCACAGUUUCUCAAUUACGGGGCACCCCGUAAUGCCUCGGGGAGCAACUGGGUGAGCAACGGCUAUGAGAAGAAGCCUGAUGUCCCGGCCCUGCAGGAGAGCCUCAACCACUCCUAUGGGAACACCAGUUUCCCUGAGCCCAUCCCAAACAGUGUCCGGAGCAAAAACCAUCACCAGCGCACGUACGAGCGGGCUAACCGCUAUGCCAGCCAGCAGAAGGCAGCGGCAGCUGGGGCACACAGGACUAGCUCAGGCUCUGAGGAAGCCCAGCCGUUUGCACAGAACUGUUUCAGCAGCCGGCCCAUCAAGCAGGAGCCUCCCGAUCCUCCAGCAGCCAUCGAGCCCCUUCCCACUGCAGCUGCCAUGCCUGGCACUGGUUUAACCCUGCCAACCAUCCCGGCGCGCACCGCGGGGCCGGAGCAGCGGUGGAGCCCCUUCAAAGCAUCCCGGGGCUCGUCUUCUUCCCCAGAGAGGACUAACACGGCGGAGGGCUCCUGGAGCUCCCUGGCACCGGGUUCUGGUGGGAGGGAGAAGCCCAGCGCCUUCGAUGCUGCCGCGCGGUUGCCACCACCACCAGGGAAGCAGUGGCCCAAUGUUGUGGUGGGAGAGGCGGCGGCAGCGGCGCGGAGCUCGGGCUUGCUGCCGAAACCAUGGAGCCCCUGCAAGCUGGGGGACGCGACGCUGUCUGGCACGGGCACCCCGAGCCUGUUGGGGCCAUUGGGUUUUGGCUCAUCCCUAUCGGGGCUUCCGAGUUUCCCCGAGGAGCCGUGGGGCUCGGUGAAGGCGGAGGAGCGCAGGACGCCGGCGCCCAGCCCCGGGCUGCAGGAGAAGCCAUGGGAAGCAGCAGUGGGUGAGAAAGGGGCUGUGGGGACCCGCAGGGAGAAGCCGUGGGAUCCAUUUGGCCUGGAGGAGGAUCUGCCGGAGAAGACGGUGAAAGAGGAGGAAGAGGAGGAGGAAGAGGAGGAGGAGGAAGAAGAGGAGGAGUGGUCGGACAGCGAGCACAACUUCCUGGAUGAGAACAUCGGCGGCGUGGCCGUGGCGCCGGCGCACGGCUCCAUCCUCAUCGAAUGCGCCCGCCGUGAGCUCCACGCCACCACCCCGCUGAAGAAACCCAACCGGUGCCACCCCACACGCAUCUCCCUGGUCUUCUACCAACACAAGAACUUGAACCAGCCCAACCACGGCCUGGCGCUGUGGGAGGCCAAGAUGAAGCAGUUGGCAGAGCGGGCUCGUGCCCGGCAAGAGGAGGCGGCGCGCUUGGGUCUCCCACCGGACGCCAAAGCCUUCGCCAAGAAACGCAAGUGGGGCGGCGCGUUGGCCACCGAGGCGCCCAGCAAGGAGAGGAGGGACUCGGUCCCCACGCGGCAGGCGGUGGCCAUCCCCACCAACUCUGCCAUCACUGUGUCCUCCUAUGCUUACACCAAGGUGACGGGCCCCUACAGCCGCUGGAUCUGAGACGGAGGCAACCGCCACGGCCCCAUCUUACCUCAACCCUCGGCAGCGCCGGCGCCCGGCGUUGCCUCGUGGUGCUUUCUCCUCGGGCGUGGGGGAGAAGAAAAGGAUUAGGAAUAAAAUAGACACAAAAAGAGAAGCAAAACACAAGAAGAACAGAGGUAAAAAAGAAAAACCCACCCAACCCACAGAAAGCAAACCCAAGGUCCAAACAGCGGAGCCGGCGCGGGCGCACGCCGUCGGAGGGCUGCGCUUGGCGAGGAGGUGGCCAACAGGGCAAACCGUGGUAAAACCAAAAGAGGACGGUGCUGUUUGAGGCUUUUUGGGAAUCUCCUAUUUAUAUCUCCAUGGGUUUUUUAAUGCAGCCUCGUGCAAAGGGCCGGAGGAGUCCGCGGAGUCCCUUUGGCAAAGGAGAGGUUUUUAAUUCCACUUAAAAAUAAUGCCUAUUUAUUGGAUUUUAUUUUAUUUUAUUUGUUACUCCGACCACAACGACGAAGCCGAUCUUCGAGAGAGAAGCCAACGUGGAAAACUCAACCCAACCUUGAACACAGUUCAAAUCCAACCCGAUCACCAAACCAGCUUCAAGGCAAGAGGUUACCCCCUCCAGUUCCAUCACACGGGGGCUGGCGGGGGCUGGUGCUUCACCAUCAGCCAGACACGCUGAAAAUCCAACCAUGUUUUUGCCCAAGGACCUCAAAUUACCUGUUUUUCAGCUCGAGGAGUCCUUUCUUACAGUGAGGAACAUCCCUGCAUGGUGCAUGCUCCUCGCUGCCGGCGGGAUCGGCUCCGCCGGGAUGGAUCGAGCCGGCGUCUUUCCCAACGCCAGAGACCUCAGGACACGUCCGGGCUGGGGCUGCCGCUGCCAUGGGCUUGGACUUGGGGGGGAUCCUUUGCUGAUGGUCCCAGGAACGGCGGCGGCAGCUCGAGAAGGAGCCGACAGGACACAAAAAGAUCCAAAACCAGGAAACAAACCCACCCCAAGCCCAAACUGUGAAUAGCUGGUGUUGCUCUUGUACAUCACUGUUGCUAAAGUCUGGUGCUUUCCGUCUCCGGGGGACUUUCUCCGUGCAAUCGGCUCUGGGAAGAGCGAAUCCCAAGACUUGGCUGGCCAAAACCCCGCUGGUCCCUCUUCCCUGCCGGUGCCGGUGAGCACCGCCGGGGCUCGGUGCUUUAUCUCUUCCCCCCGGGUGCCAUCCCUUCUUCCUACAGAUCACCGUUCUUCCCUCAAAACCCCCUUUCCCCAAGGAACAACCCAACCAACGCCGACAACAACCGCGUGGUGCUUUUCGAACAAUCUCAGUCGAAUCUUCCGGCCCGUCACCGAUGCCGAAGCCGCGCCGGGAUGCAUGGAUGGAUGCAUGGAUGGAUGGAUGGAUGCUGUAGUGGAAGUGACCCUGCCCAUAGCAGGGGGUUGGAACUGGAUGAGCUUAAGGUCCUUUCCAACCCAAACCGUUCUGUGCUUCUAUGGAUGGAUGGAUGGAUGGAUGGGUGGGCAGGUGAGGAGCUGCCCUGUGGCUCACCGGGAGGGCGGCGUGGCCGAAUCUGGGUGCCGGCGUCCCCGGGUAGGUCGUUGCUUUUGCACUUUGAGGUGCCUUUAGGAGAGCCAGCGAGCCAGAGCCGACGCCGUCACCGUGCAGAAACCCCCUUGUGUUUACUGUCCCCCCCCCUUCCUUCCUCGCGCACUGGCACAGAUCAGCAGGAUCUCGGUCGAAAGCAGCCGGGUCAUUUCCGUGCUCUUGAUUUUAAACCUGUAAAUAGGGAAAGAAUUCUUUUAAAAGCACUUUCACCCAGAUUUCAAACCGAAAACGAAACUGAAAAAGAGAAAAAAGCCCCAAAUUCCUUCCCCCCCCCCCCAAACUUGAAACAUUUACGUUUGAAACCAGAUUCUUGUGGGAGAACUGUAAAUACUGGCAGAAUAUUUAACAUGCUUCGUCCGUCCUUCAGAAUUAACCCUUUUUGUUCUUACCUUUUAACCUGUAAAGUCGCGUAUAUUUGACAAGGAAACUCAAUGAGCUAUUACCGCUUUUCUUAGACAUCCCCAAUAGCAUAUCAGGAUUGGAGGAGUCGAGGGCGAGUCAGACUGUAGGGAUAACCCGCAGGUGAUGCCGGUUCCGAUGUGGAUAUGGUGAAACCAGGCUGAUCCCAUUGGACGGGGCCGGAUUCGGGUGCCGGCCCCGCUCGGCAUCGCCUUGGCCGUCGUGGCGCGGGUGCCUUGUGAGCUUCGCCUGGAUGCGUUUGGAAUCGGGAGGAGAAGGGGGUCCAUGUAACCUGUCUGAGUCCUGCUUCCUCGGAAGGGGUUGGUUUUGGUGCAGGGAUGGUGAUGGGGUCAGUCAGUGGGAUCAACCCUGGCGUUAAGCGGGGGGAUGCCGGCGCCGCGGGUCGGGGAGCGAGAACUGCUGCAGUCUCACGUUUUUACACUACAUAACGUCUAAACCUACCUCAAAUCUCAGUCAUUAUAAAGGAGCACGCUUCAGACUUGUACGAAAACUCAAAAUCUAUGCACAGCUCUUUACCCCUUGCUGCUGAGAGGCUCUUUCUGCAAGCUAAAGCUUUCCCUUGCCCCAUCCCAGCGGCCGCGCUCGUCCCUCCCGUGCCGAAGCCACGGUUCAGGGGCAUCACUUCUGAUGGGGUGGGAGGGGGGGAUGUUUUUAACCGCUUCGGGGUGCGAUGGGGACCUCAUUUUGCAGCAGGUCGUGGCCGCAAUGGUGCUAGAACAACAACCGUGGUAGAAACCUAGGGAGAGGUGGGCUUGGGGAGCCCCAAUGGGCUCCUUCCAUCCUACUUUGGCUCUUCCAGCCACGGUGCUUCACUUUGGGCAGGAAACGGGAAGUGUUUUGGGGGUUCCCCCCCCCCAACUCUCGGGAUAAGGGGAAGGAGAAGGAAAGCAGAAUCCCUGAGGUGCCUCAAUAGCUGAUUUUUUCCUUUUAAUACUGGAGUAUGCUUUGUGGGCUCUAUAAGGCGUAUUUUUAUUCAGUGAAAUCUUGUAAUCCAAACGGUGCUAAUGGUGUUUUAACAAACUCUCUCACGCUUCUGCCUGAUUCCAUCUCGCUGAGGUGCUACUAAAUGUACAUAGAACUCGGGAACCAAGGAAACAAAGCAAAAAGCAAUGUCCUGGAGGAGGAGGUCUUAACUUUACCGGAGCGACAGCUCGAAGCGUGCCGGGAGCCACUUGGGUUUAUGCAAACCGAGAUCGGAGCCGUUCCCAUCCGGAGCGGGUGCUGAUGUGGUGCUUGGAUGAGGUGCUCAGUUGAGGUGCUCGACCACAGGUCAUGGAGGUGGUGGUUGGAUGCGGUGCCUGGGCUCAGCCAGGGUGUGUGGACAUGGUGCUCAGCCAAGCAUCGUGGAUGUGGUGCUUGGAUGUGGUGCAUGGGCACGGUGCUUGGUCAGGGUAUAUGGACAUGGUGCUUGGUCAUGGUGCUCAGCCAUGCACCCUGGACAUGGUGCUUGGUUGUGGUGUGUCAAUGUGGUGCGUGGACAUGGUGCUCGACCACGGUGCUUGGACAUGAUGCGUGGACAUGGUGCUGGGGCACGGUGCUCAGCCAUGCGUCAUGGACACGGUGCUUGGACGUGGUGUGUCAACGUGGUGCGUGGACACGGUGCUUGACCACGGUGCUUGGACGUGAUGUGUGACCACAGUGCAUGGACAUGGUGCUUGACCACGGUGCUCCAACUUGGUGUGUGGAAAUGGUGCUUGGGCACGGUGCUUGUCCAUGUCUGUGGUGCGUGGACACGGUGCUCGGGCAUGGUGCUGGUCUGCACGCCAUGAAUAUGGUGUAUGGACAUGGUGCUCACCAGGGUUUUGAACAUGGUGCUCGGUCAUGGUGCUCAGCCGCAGUGCUUGGACACAGUGUGAGAACAUGGUGCUCAGGCAAGGGAUGGGAACGUGGUG